AUGGGUGGAUUCGUAGUUACAUGUGUAGAUGGUGGAAGUAGACGUGGUAGAUCGGAAAUUUUAAGUGCGUUAGAGAUGGCAGUUUAUUCUUUGGCUUUGGAAAGUGAUGGGGCGAGUUCAGAAGGGCGUGUGAGUGAUGUUUUGGCGGCGGAAGCAGCUGAGGCGCGUAAAUCACAAUUUGGAUUAUUGGGUGGACAUAAGGGAACUGAAGUUUUAUGGGUGCGGAAUAGUUCAAAAUGGUCAGAAAUGGAUGUUUAUAAUGCGUUGGUAAGUGGGACUAAGCGAGUUCAGUUUAUUAGACGAGUGAUUCCAGUGGCAGAGAUCUUUACUUUAACUAUAGAUAAUAUUGUACGGAUGGCUAAGAAGUUGGCGGGUGAGAUGCCGGUUGGGGCUAGUUUUAGAGUGAGUUUGUGUAAGCGAUUGUGUUCACAUAUUUCCAGUGAGUUUAUUAUUGCGACUGUAGCUAAAGAGUUUGAUUUCAAGGUAGAUUUGAUAAAUCCAGAUAGGAUAGUUGUGAUUGAAAUAGCUCGGGAUUUAUGCGGUAUGGGACUAAUUAAGCCGUGUCCUGGUAACUUUAACUUAACUCGUGAUCCCAGCCUACAAUGA